AUGGGAAUUCUGAGGCAUUUGAGAUGGCUGAGGCCGGUCCUGGCAUCAGAGUUUCAUGCCUGCUGCAGUUCUCAGGCAGCAGAGGCAGCCAGGCAGCAGGUGCCCAGGAUCUAUGUGACGAGGCGGAUUCCUCCUGAAGGAGCAAAGAUCCUGAGGCAGGCGGGACUCUGCCACAUUGAGCAAUGGGAUUUUGAUGACCCAGUUCCCCGCUCAGAGCUCCUGAAGAAAGUGCCUGGGAUCCAGGGCCUCUACUGUUUGCUGUCAGAGACGAUAGAUUCUGAAGUUCUGGAUGCAGCAGGGCCCAGCCUGAAAGUCAUCAGCACCAUGUCCGUGGGGUUUGACCACCUUGACUUACACGAAAUCAAAAAGCGGGGGAUCCGAGUCGGGUACACCCCCGACGUCCUGACCGAUGCCACUGCCGAGCUCUCCGUGGCCUUGCUCCUAGCCACGUGCCGCCGCUUGCCAGAGUCAGUAGAGGAGGUAAAGAACGGUGGCUGGACAACGUGGAAGCCCUUGUGGAUGUGUGGCUAUGGUCUGUCUGGCAGUACCGUGGGCAUCAUAGGCCUGGGAAGGAUAGGACAGGCAGUUGCCCGCCGUCUAAAGCCAUUUGGAGUCAAGAAGUUUUUGUACACUGGCAGUCGUCCGAAAACAGAGAUUGCUGCAGAGUUUCAGGCUGAGUUUGUCCCAAUCACGAGGCUGGCUGAAGAGGCAGACUUCGUCGUCGUGACAUGUGCCUUGACACCUGAAACCCAGGGAAUAUGCAACAAAGAUUUCUUCUGCAGGAUGAAGAAAAACGCCGUGUUUAUCAACACCAGCAGGGGGGCUGUGGUAAACCAGGAGGACCUGUACGAUGCAUUGGUGAAUGGCCAGAUUGCAGCUGCUGGCCUGGAUGUCACGACUCCAGAGCCUCUGCCCACGGAUCACCCUCUGCUCUCCCUCAAGAACUGUGUGAUCCUGCCGCACAUUGGGAGUGCCACCUACAGCACGAGGAACACCAUGUCCGUGCUGGCAGCGAAGAACCUCCUGGCUGGUCUGAAGGGGGAACCCAUGCCCAGUGAGCUGCUGCUUUGA